UUUUGAGUAGUAUAUCUAUCGAUAGUUUAUAUCAGUCAAUUAUUUGAAGACGUAUAGCUGGAGGGUGCUGACUGUUGACCAUAUCGAUCAUUCUAUGACGUCGUCGCCUGAUCGAUAAGCGCAACGCCAUGGCCCGCUCGCUGGACGAACUCCAUGAGCGAACACGCAAACUUAAUCUUCGAGAUACAUCGAGCGCCGAGGAAUCUUCAUCGGAAGAUACGACGCGGGAAUGCAAGUGUCAGCAGUCUUCUUCCACGGGACGGUGCGCACAAUGUCCCCGCCACCCUACGCCACAGCAUGAUGCACCAUCAGACACGAAGGAUACAGCCGAGGAGCCAAAACCAACAGGCUCUCAUGUAGACCCGUCAUGUCGAUGUAUUGAAUGCAAGGUCGACAGGGAUGAAACGGAACCGGAACAGCCACCUGGGACCGAAUCCGCGCCACCAGACGAAGGAGGCACUGCGCUGGACGAGGGGGACGAAAAAGAGGCAGAGAAAGAAGACGAAAAGGAAGACGAAGAGGAACGAACAAUAACGUUAGAAGAGCUGUUAGAGUACCGGGAGAAGCAAGGUCUGAACCCCGGCGAUUAUCUGCUCGAGUUCGGAUUUGCGUUCCCUGAGGAGAGGGAGGUGGAUCUGAAUGUGCAGAUCGAGGGGGACUUUUCGGUGACUGUGUUGAUGUGAGUGGCUGGUAGGUUCUGCGAGGGACUGCAUGGGAUUAAAGGUGCGUGGCGAGGGAUAUAGCUGGUUUGUAAAUAUGGGAUUUAAGAUACCAGAGUUCAAUUGUGCAUAUGCUUAUGGAUGUUCUAGCUAUUUUAAGUGACUGGCUUCAGUUAAAGCAAAUAAGUCGACUUCGCUAGGGAUCGCGGUUUUGCAAUGAAGGGAUAUACAUGAUAACACUCGGUAUUUUCGAUAGAAACUACAUGCUGCAGACAUUAUGACUUAUAGAAUGACACCCUUGGGCUUC